AUGGCUGUGGUACCGCUACUGUUGUUGGGGGGUUUGUGGAACGCUGUGGGAGCGUCCAAUCUGGCUGUCGUUACUUGCGGCUCCGUGGUGAAGCUAGUCAAUACGCGCCACAACGUCCGACUGCACUCACACGAUGUGCGCUAUGGGUCAGGUAGUGGGCAGCAGUCAGUGACAGGUGUAACCUCUGUGGAUGACAGCAACAGUUACUGGAGGAUACGGGGGAAGACCGCCACAGUGUGUGAGAGGGGAACCCCCAUCAAGUGUGGCCAACCCAUCCGGCUGACACAUGUCAACACUGGCCGAAACCUCCAUAGUCACCACUUUACUUCACCUCUUUCUGGAAACCAGGGAAUAGGUUCCAGCAGCUCAGGCUCCUUCCUAUUGGUUCUCACACAGUGUGCUUCUCUGGGUGGAGCAGGCUGUCACUUCAGUUGGACCCAGGAAGUGAGUGCUUUUGGUGAGGAAGGUGAAGGUGAUUAUCUGGAUGACUGGACAGUGCUCUGUAAUGGACCCUACUGGGUGAGAGAUGGUGAGGUGCGGUUCAAACACUCUUCCACUGAGGUACUGCUGUCUGUCACAGGAGAACAAUAUGGUCGACCUAUCAGUGGGCAAAAAGAAGUGCAUGGCAUGGCCCAGCCAAGUCAGAACAACUACUGGAAAGCCAUGGAAGGCAUCUUCAUGAAGCCCAGUGAGUUGUUGAAGGCAGAAGCCCACCAUGCAGAGCUAUAAAUCUAGAGGCUCUGAGCCACUGUUAACACAGUGUUCAUAGACGUCUGUUGCUGCCUCUCCUUGGUAUCCCUGCCACAAGUUCCUUGGUCAGUGGCCAUGUCACCAUUGAGAUGAAGACAUACAACAGAAAAUAGAGGCUCUGUUUGGAAGCUUCAGCCUGCACAAUUGAACUUCAUUCUCCCAGACUUGCAUAGGUCGGUUCUUUCUGAGUAGAGGACUUGCUGGUAAAGGGGCGGAUGUUUUUUAUUCAUAUUGAUAAACUGAGGGCAGUAUCCCUCUUAGCUGAGAAACUUUUACUCCUCAGGAGCUUGACAUCAUGGACUGUUAAUCUAUGUGAUUUUCCCCCUAUUUUCUCUCUCCAAAAUGAUAAAAACAAUAAUUUUAUUAUUA